ACUAUGAAGACCCUUCUUCCUGUCUCAGGCUGUGUUAGAACAGUGGGGUUGUUCCUGUGUUUUAGCCAGACCGUCCUGGCCAUGGUCAUCACUAACUCCACAGGACUUGAGUCCAUCCUGGACAACUACAGGGACAAGGAUGAGGAGUGGUGGAGGGUGAGGUCUAGGGGAAAGAGGGCGAUCAGUGAGGGAGACAUGCACCUGAUUUUGGACCUGCACAACAAGCUGCGCGGUCAGGUCCACCCCCCUGCCUCCAAUAUGGAGUACAUGAUAUGGGAUUAUGAAUUAGAAAGAAGUGCAGAGCACUGGGCUCAUACUUGCCGGUGGGAACAUGGACCGAGCCACAUGUUGACCCAGAUAGGUCAAAACCUUGGAGCUCACUACGGCAGGGACCGUCCUCCUACCUACCAUGUCCAAGCCUGGUAUGAUGAGGUGAGAUACUACAGCUAUCCCUACUCCCAGGAGUGUAAUCCACACUGCCCGUUCAGGUGUUCAGGACCUGUAUGCACUCAUUACACCCAGUUGGUUUGGGCAACCAGUAAUCGCAUUGGGUGUGCCAUCAAUGUGUGUUACAACAUGAACGUGUGGGGAAUGAUCUGGGCAAAAGCUGUCUAUCUGGUGUGCAACUACUCUCCACCGGGCAACUGGUGGGGUCAUGCCCCUUAUAAAUACGGAGCUCCCUGCUCUGCCUGUCCUGCCAGCUACGGUGGAGGCUGCAGAGACAACCUGUGCUACAAAGAUGGAGGCGUGGACAGGCGAACAGCUCCUGAGCUCGAGGAGUCCAACUACAUUGAACCUGAUCCUGAACCAGUGAGUGAAGAUCCUGAACCCAGGGCUCAGUCCCCAGAUCCCCCAUCCACUUACAGCCAAGAGACAAACCCAGUGGUCAGCACAGAGCAGAUGAGUCAACAGGUCGAGUGUGAGACCAAGCUGAGAGACCAUUGUAAGGGAACAACCUGUAACAGAUACGAGUGUCCACCUGGCUGCCUCCACAGAUCUGGUAAAGUGGUUGGAACUGGAUUUUAUGACAUGCAAUCUAGUGUGUGUGGAGCUGCCUUACACUCUGGUGUCAUUGACAAUGAUGGAGGAUGGCUUGAUGUCACCAGACUGGGCAGAAAACAACAAUUCACUAAGUCCUAUAAAAAUGGUAUUCAGUCACUCGGAAAAAACAGAAGUGCAAAUUCCUUCAAAGUAGAGAAAGUACCAGUCAAAGCAGUGAGAUGUGAUACCAGCGUGGCUCUUUUCUGCCCCUUCAAGAAACCAGUACGACACUGUCCCAGGUUGUACUGUCCCAGGAACUGUUUACAGGAGAGAGGGACACGAGUCAUUGGGACCAAGUAUUACUCAGAUAAAUCAAGCAUCUGCAGAGCGGCAAUUCAUGCUGGAGUGAUCCAGAGUGAUUCAGGAGGUUACCUCGAUGUCAUGCCCGUGGACAAACGGCAGCAGUACAACGGCAGCGCCCAGAACGGAAUCACAUCAGAGAGCUUACUGAACCCAACAGGAGGAAAGGCCUUCAGAGUGUUCACAGUCAUCUGAAAAACUACACUCCUGAAGGCAGCACCAUCAAACAUACA